CAACGGUCCAUAUUUGAAGGUCCGCAAUAUCAAUAUGAAUUUGAUAAGAAGAAUUUGAUUCCCAGCAUCGCAUGGCCCAGUUCAUGUCCCCAGUAUCCACCUCUCUCUGUUCGUCUCAAAAAUCCUUAAAUUCAAGCAUUCACUCCCCCUUCAACUUGUGCAUGCACUUCUCCUGCAGAUUCCAUGAUGAUGAGCAAUUAUGGAGGCCAACAACUACUAGUGAUCGACUGUUGCUAUUGCCAGACCCAAAUCCCGCUGGUGAGUCCGAUAUCCGUCCUCUGCCGCCGCUGCGGCCGCUGUACCCGCGUCGCCUCUCCGGGCUUUCCCCGCUCCCCCUAUAGUGCUGUACCCUACUAUGUCCGUAUAAACCGACCACCACACGCCGGCUUCCCCCACAGAUUACCAGGACCUCCGCCGAAAGUGCACAGGCGGAAGAAGGCGGUGAUCUGCGGGAUAUCGUAUCUACACACGAGGGGUGAGCUCAACGGUUGCAUCAAUGACGCCAAACUCAUGCGGAGUCUCCUCAUCAGCAAGUUCAAUUUUGCAGAAGAUUCCAUUAUCAUGCUCACUGAGAAAGAAACUGACCCAUAUAAGAUUCCAUAUAAAAGAAAUAUUGAAGGGGCAUUACGUUGGCUUGUACGAGGAUGUCAACCGGGUGACUCCCUUCUGUUUUACUUCUCUGGUCAUGGUUCACAGCUGAGGGAGCAGUAUCGUGGUGAUGAACUUGAUGGAAAGGAUGAAACCCUUUGUCCCCUUGACUUCAAAACCAAGGGUAUGAUUCGUGAUGAUUGGAUAAAUGCAACAAUUGUUGGGCCCAUUCCACGUGACGUCAAGCUUCAUGCAAUUGUAGAUUCUUGUAGUAGUGGCACCAUACUGGAUUUGCCAUGGCUUUGCAAUAUGGACCGGGAUGGAAGCUGUAAAUGGGACAAGGCAUCAGGCGUAUGGAAAGGAGCAAGUGGUGGAGAAGUUAUAUGUAUCAGUGGUUGUCAUGACAAUCAAACCUCUGCGGAAACACAAUCAAUCCCAACAACAGGUGUCAUGACUUUCUGCUUCAUCCAAGCAAUCAAGAGUGGACAGGCAGCCACAUAUGGGAGCUUACUCAAUUCUAUGCGUAGUGCCAUUCGAAGUAUGGGUUCUGCUGCUGGUGGUAGUGGUGGUGCUGUUACAUCUCUUGCCGGCAUGCUUCUAGCAGGCGGAAGAGUUGGUGGUGGUGGGCUGAGACAGGAGCCUCAAUUAACUGCCGGCACGAGGUUCGAUGUGUACACGAAACCUUUUACCCUAUGAUCUUUUAUCUGUCUACACAGAUGAACACUUCAUUAUAUCUCUAAAUGUACUUUAGGCUUUUGAUAAUUGUGAAACAACUUGAUGAGUAAUAAAUUUAUGUUUGCUAUC